CUUUUUAGUAGCUAAAAUAGCGCUGUACCGACUCCGGUUGCUAGUGAGCUGCCCGUCACAAGGCGAGUACCGUCAGUGUUACAGGUCUGAUACAUAAAAGUAUAGAAACUGAUUAGGAUAUAUCAGAAAUCUACCAGAUUAUAAAGCAAGAUUGGCCCCCUACUUUGUAAUGGGGGCUGUAAAUUGGGUCCAGGCGAGUCGGGCGAUUGGGUGUCCUUGGGACCCCCUGACUUGGUCGAAUGGGUGUCCCUCGGACACCCUUACGACCCCUUUUGGGGGUCCAUUCCGACCAUUGGGUGUCUUUUUACCUGAGAGGGGACACCCAAUCUUAACGCUGCUCCAGUACGUGGCAGAGUAGCCCAGGAAUUCGCGGGAGAGGUCGGGCCAUCAUUACGCAGGGCUCAUUAUCUGUGUUCGAGACCUUUGAAAAAGAAUUCUGAGUGCCUGAAGACUGAAACGAUGGCGGAUCCGCGCAUUGCUCGCAUCAGCAAUGCUAUCCGCGCUAUUCCGGAUUUCCCGAAAAAAGGCAUCAUGUUUCGCGACAUCACCACCCUGCUCCUGGAUCCAGCAGCCUUUCAGGAUUCCAUUGACCUCUUUGUCGCCCGCUACAAGGAUCAGGGCAUCCAGGUGGUGGCAGGGAUCGAGGCUCGCGGCUUCAUCUUUGGCCCUCCCCUGGCCCUGGCGUUGGGUGCCAAGUUUGUGCCGUUGCGAAAGCCGCGAAAGCUCCCAGGUCCAACCGUUGGUGUGGACUACUCGCUCGAGUACGGCACCGACCGGAUCGAGAUGCACGUGGGCGCGGUGCAGGCGGGGGAGCGCGUUGUCAUCAUCGACGACCUCAUUGCCACGGGGGGCACCAUGGGAGCAGGCAUCGCGCUCAUCGACCAAGCUGGGGGCAAGGUCGUGGAGACGGCGUGUCUGAUCGAGCUCACAGAUCUAAAGGGCCGUGAGAAGCUCGGGAACACUCCACUCUUUGUCUUGGUCGAGUACGAAGGGGAGUAAGGGCUGGUUUGAAUAGUUGAAAUAACAAGGUGCUAUGCAUUCUCAUCAGCAUUAUACUGACAAUGUUGUAAAGCUGUCUUGCUUGGCUGAUUACGUUAUUACUUUUUUGUUCAAAUGUCUAUGGAGACAGCUAUCCAAUGGCGCUGGAAUUCAAAUCAUUUUCAAAACACACUGGACAACGACUCUGAGAGUUAGAAGUCGGCAAAAUGUAUUGAAAACUUAUGGUUGAUAUCUUAGACACUGGCAGCUGAUUGUAUCCAUUAAAACAAUUGUUUGAUAAAGCGUAAAUCGUGACUCUGAGACCCGGUCUAUCACUUGUAUGUUGUCAAUUGAUUUGCUUUGUCUCUCUUUGGCAAUGGAGAGCCUUUCCGGCUACAAGCCUUUCUGGCAAUGGAGAGCCUUUCUGGCUACAAGCCUUUCUGGCAAUGGAGAGCCCUUCCGGC